UUUGAAAAACGCGAUUCUGUUUUGACAAAACUCAAAUCAAGGGAUUUUGCGUAACUCAUCAUCAUUACUACCAAUGAAUUUCAUCAACGUUCAAAACGCACGCCGUUUCUGAUUCAUCAUUUCUUCACUCUCUCUGUCUCUGCUAGGGUUUCGUUUCUUCACAACAAUGGCGGCCACGCCUCCUUCCUUCUCUCCCUCUCGCACCACCUGCGCUUCUCUCCUCAGCCAAUUGCAGAUGAUAUGGGAUGAGAUUGGGGAGAGUGAUAGUGAUCGAGACAACAUGCUUCUUCAACUGGAGCAGGAGUGCCUUGACAUUUAUCGCAGAAAGGUCGACGCCACGAGGAAGCACAAGGCUGAGUUAUGUCAGUGGUUGGCUGAUGCUGAAGCUGAACUCAUCAAUCUUGUUUCUUCCCUUGGGGAGUCUUCCUCGUUCUCGCGGGGGAAGGGCACGCUUAAGCAGCAAUUAGCUACCAUAAGACCUGUCUUAGAGGACUUGAGGUCAAAGAAGGAUGAGAGAGUUAAGGAAUUUUCAAAGAUAAAGUCCCAAAUUUCUCAGAUAUGUGUUGAAAUAGCUGGCUACGAGCAGCCCAAAAGUUCCUCAGAGGAAGUUGAUCAGAGUGAUCUGACAUUUAAGAAAUUGGGCGAACUCAAAUCGCAUCUCCAGGAUCUUCAGAAUGAAAAGAUCUUGCGCCAGCAGAAAGUGAAAAGUCAUAUCAGUACUAUUAGUGAGCUUUCAGCUGUAAUGUCUAUUGAUUUUUGGAAGACUUUAAGUGAAAUUCACCCAAGCUUGGGUGAUUCAUCAAAAGGUACACCACAGAGCAUUAGCAAUGACACUCUUGCCAGUCUAACUGGGUAUAUUCAUUCAUUAAAGCAGGAGAAGCAACAACGGCUACUCAAGGUACAAGAACUUACUAAAUUCCUGGUUGAUCUAUGGGAUCUUAUAGAGACGCCAAUUGAUGAGCAAAAAGCCUUUAACCAUGUUACUAGAUUAAUUUCAGCAUCAGUUGACGAAGUGUCAACACAUGGGUGUCUUUCUUCAGAUGUCAUUGAGCAGGUUGAGGCUGAAGUUCAGCGCUUAAAUGCUCUGAAGGCCAGUAAAAUGAAGGAUUUGGUGUUUAAGAGGCAGAAUGAACUUGAAGAAAUUUAUAGAGGUGUUCACAUGGAUGUGGAUAGUGAAGCUGCUAGACAGAUUCUGACCAGCCUUAUAGAAUCUGGUAAUAUUGAUCUGUCUGAUUUGCUUCAAAGCAUGGAUGAUCAAAUCAGACAAGCCAAAGAGCAAGCUCAAAGCAGAAGAGAGAUCUUAGAUAGGGUUGAGAAAUGGAGAUUUGCAGCUGAGGAGGAAAAGUGGUUAGAUGAAUAUGAAAGGGAUGAAAAUCGAUACAGUGCAGUGAGAGGAGCACACAAAAAUUUAAAACGUGCAGAGAAAGCUAGGAUUGUCGUCAGCAAGAUACCAUCUAUUGUUGAGAAUUUGACUACAAAAGUAAAAGCCUGGGAGUUGGAAAAAGGAAUACCUUUCUUGUAUGAGAAGGCUCCCUUGUUACAAAGCUUAGAGGAAUAUCAUGUACAACGACAGCUGAGAGAAGAAGAGAAGCGAAAAUCUCGGGAGCAGAAGAGGCUGCAGGAACAACAUGCUGUAGAGCAAGAGGCACUUUUUGGUUCCAGGUCUGCAACAAAGAAGCCUCUGGGUCAGAGCACUACUGCUAACACCAUAGUUGGGACACCAAAUGGGCGCAGAAUGCUUACUCCUUCGAGCCGUUAUGGAACCUCCGGUGGAAAGGAACGUAGAGAAAGUGUUCGAGGGAAUAACAUAAUUCCCGUGAACUAUGUUGCUCUUCCAAAAGAUGAUUCUGUUUCUAGAGGCAGUUAGGCUGCCAUAAAAUUAGACUUGUGUAAAUCAGCUUUGUAAAUGUGCUCAUUCUACAAGCUCUGUUCCUUUACUGAAACUUUAUAUUUAGCCUAGUUCGCAACAAAA